AUGUCCUUCCAGCAGAACGCCUACGUCCUCGGCGUCGGCCUGACGCAAUUCAUCAAGCCACGCCAACUCCGCCCGUAUCCCGAGCUGGGGUUCGAAGCCGGCACCAAAGCCCUGUUGGACGCACACAUCACGUACGACGAUGUGCAGACCGGCGUGGCCUGCUACUGCUACGGCGACACGACCUCGGGACAGCGGAUAUUCUACCAGUUCGGCAUGACCAACAUCCCCAUCUACAACACCAACAAUGCGUGCGCGACGGGGUCGACAGGGCUGCAGAUGGCCCGGACGCUGGUCAAGGGCGGCAUCGUCGACGUCGUCAUGGUCAUCGGCUUCGAGACCAUGAAGCCCGGCAGCAUCAAGUCCAUCUGGGACGACCGGCCGAGUCCCAUGGGGUUGGGCACGCGGUUGAUGGAGGAGACCCGAGGCAAGUUCGACUCGCCGCGGAAUGCGCAGUUCUUUGCCAACGCCGGCCGCGAGUAUAUGGAGAAGUACGGAGCCACGGCGCGCGACUUUGCCGAAAUCGCACGCAUCUCGCACGAACACUCGUCGCGCAACCCGUACGCGCAGUUCCGCGACGUCUACACGCUCGAGCAGAUCGAAAAGUCGCCCAUGAUCCACUACCCGCUGACCAAGCUGCAAUGCUCGCCGACGUCGGACGGCGCGGGCGCGGCCGUCAUCGUGUCGCAACGAUUUUUGGAUUCGCGCCCCGAGCUCAAAUCGCACGCCGUGCUCAUGGCGGGCCAAUCGCUCAUGACGGACUCGCCGGCGCUGUUCUCCCGCUCGGCCAUGGACCUCGUGGGCUUCGACAUGACACGGCGGGCCGCCAAGGCCGCGCUGGCCGAGGCCGGCGUGCGGCCCACGGACGUCAAGGUGUGCGAGAUGCACGACUGCUUCUCGGCCAACGAGCUCAUCACGCUCGAGGGGCUCGGCUUCUGCGCCCCCGGCACCGCCCACCACAUGGUCCGCAACGGCGACAUCACGUACGGCGGUAAAGGUCCCAUCAUCAACCCCUCGGGCGGCUUGAUCUCCAAGGGCCACCCACUCGGCGCCACGGGGCUGGCCCAGUGCGCCGAGCUCACGUGGCAGUUGAGGGGCUGGGCCAACAAUGGCCGGCUCGUCAAGGACGUCGACGUCGCCCUGCAGCACAAUCUGGGCUUGGGCGGCGCCGUCGUCAUCACCGUGUACAAGCGUGCCGACGGCCGCAAGAACACGGAUGCCAGCCAGAGUGACGCCGAGAUUGCCCGGUCGAGCGGUCUGGGGUAUAAUCCCGCGGUGGAGGCGCGCGGCGUCACCAAGGACGAUUUCGAGAAGGUCAGGAGCAGGGUCGGGAGAAGCGACUAUGCGCUCGGCGAGACGGCGGAGAAGAUCCAGGCUAGAUUGUAA